AUGAAGUUCUCUUCCGCCCUCACCUUCCUCGGCCUCGCCGUCGUGACUCUCGCCAGCCCUCUCGAGAGCGCCCACGACAAGCGCGCCUGCAACACCAACGCCACCAUUGCUUGCCAGAACGCUUGCCGCUCCGUUGCCACGGCCGCCUGCAAGUCCUGCAACGGCAACCCCAGCUGCGUCACCGCUUGCUACUCGGCCCGCCUCAAGAGCUGCCAGAACUGCUGCGCUAAAAACUGCACCACUUGCUAA